AUGAAGCACCUGUGUGCUCCUAUUCUCCUGGGUGGGCUGGGGCCGAGCUUCCCACAGCAGAAUAUUGAGAGACAAAGACCACAGACACCCUACCACUUCUACCCCCUACCUCUGUACCCCAGACCCCCUAACCCCCCCUACCUAGAUCCCCUACCUCUGUACCCCAGACCCCCUAACCCCCCCUACCUAGAUCCCCUACCUCUGUACCCCAGACCCCCUAACCUCCCCUGUAGCUCAGCUGGUAGAGCACGGCGCUUGUAACGCCAAGGUAGUGGGUUCGAUCCCCGGGACCACCCAUACACAAAAAAACAAAAUUUAUGCACGCAUGACUGUAAGUCGCUUUGGAUAAAAGCGUCUGCUAAAUGGCAUAUUAUUAUUAUUAUUAUUAUUAUUAUUUAUGUCAUGCAAUAAAAUGCAAAUUAAUUACUUAAAAAUCAUUCAAUGUGAUUUUCUGGAUUUCUGAUUCUGUCUCUCACAGUUGAAGUGUACCUAUGAUAAAAAUUACAGACCUCUUCAUGCUUUGUAAGUAGGAAAACCUGCAAAAUCGGCAGUGUAUCAAAUACUUGUUCUCCCCACUGUAUAUAUAUAUAUAUAUAUAUAUAUGUGCACUGUCAUCACAGUUUUUUUUAUCUGCAACAAGUCCGUUUGAUGGGAAUACACCUCUGGUGGGAAAAUGCACACAUUGGUCUCAUGCAGAUUUAGUUUAUAGGCACCAAUUGGAUGGACACCUAGCUACUGUUGACACAUUUACAUUUAGUCUGUAUGGUGACAAACAUGAAAAAAUCAGGUGACUUAUUUUUGUUCUUAUGCUCUUAUCGACCUUCCCAGGACCAAUGCACAUUUUGAAUUCUCUACCGCAAAGUUCUCAAUCGAGGUCUUUCUCCCUUUCUGAAAACCAGGGAGAUUCUGGUGGCCCCCUAACGUGUCAUGAAGCCUCUGGCCAGUGGUUUGUUGCCGGGGUGACCAGCUGGGGACAUGGCUGCGGAUAGACUGGUUUCCCAGGAGCCUACAUGUGGGUCACUGCCAUCAGGGAAUGGAUAUCCAACUAUCUGCCUUUCUGAGGCUAUGGAAAAGAGGAGGAAUUGAGACAUCAUACAAUACUUGACACAAUGGGUUUUCUACAUUGCAGCCACCACUGGUAUUUCUUGUGCGCUACUGGUCAAGGAUGAUGUAUGUCCUCUACCAUCAUGAAACUACCAGGAAAUCUUGGACUAAUGUGUACAACGAUAGUCUGUGGACAUUUUACUAAAACAUGCAUUUGGGAUGUUGUGUAUUUAUUUUAUCGUAUUUGUUGAGAAAACAUCUAUACGGUGUAAGCAUUUUGAUUUCUGUGGGUUCAAAAAUAUAUUUAAUUUAUUGGUGUUUACAUUAUUGUAAUUAUUCAUUUGCAGCCAACCAGCUUUUUAAUGUAAAUUAUGUGGGCUAACUAACUAAAAGUUGGACAAAGCAACAUUUUUAUAGCAGAUGCUCAGGAACUGAGCCUUGCAUGAAAGCAUCUUUAUGUAGUGUAGCUAAAUCUACAUUUCUGGAAGGAGUUCAGGCCCUACAAGAAAUAUGACCCAACGACACAGUUUCCACCAGCAUGGAAGAAUGUAUUUUAAAUAUGCAAGGAAUAGAAAACAGGGCACAAAUGCUUGAUCUGAAUUUAUUUAUUUACGUCUCACAAGUGAAAAAGGCCAUUCCAGUCAGUCACAAACACACCUCUGAGCAGGAGCACCCACCUUUAAGCACUCACAGGCCAUUUCUUUUUACUUCCCUACACAAGUCAAAGGGAUGAAUGAAGGAGUGUUGUUCCCAGAAAUCUAACAAACCAAGCCAGCCAGGUUCAAUACAAAGUCUGCACCACAGCAGACCCUGUUAAACAGAUCCACUAGGGCAGAUAUUGACAACUGGAACGCAAGUCUGACAAUACUGUUUUGUUCUCGACACGUAUUCUGAUAUAGGAUUGUUUAGCUGGUCCGAGUGCCUGGUUCACAAUUAUGAAAACAAAAAAAAUUGUUCCUCAAUUCUUCCACAGGGAAGAAACUAGGUUUAGGAAGGUGGUAAAAGAAGCCUUGCCUAAUCCCCUCAGGGAACUGGUGUUUCACCCACACUCACAGCCAGUAACCAACUGAAGAAUAGGUAACUGGCACUGAACUUUUAGGGGACGGUUACAGAGUAGACUUGAAAGUGACACAUUAUAAUUGCACAGAAUCUUUUCUUGUUAACAUUCAUUCAUGUGUCUUUUAAUAAUAAUGAAAAACAAUAGAAGAUAUCCAUUUGUUAAAAUAUCCUUUUAGUGAAAGGAAAAUGUCCACCAUCAUUAUUGUUGCCGUUCACAGGAUCUCCAAACAUGUCCGUUAGGAGUUCUCACAGAAGUUUGUGUGUCAUUGUGCUACACAUGCUCUUGCAGCCUCAGCCACUAACACCUUCCCUGCCAUUCGUUUUGGCUUUGCAAAGGUAUGGCUGGCAGAGUAGGAUGAUGUUCAUAUACGAGCUCUUUCCCUCUGUAGUCUGGAGUUGUAGGCACGGGACACGGUAUUCCAUGCAUCCAUAUAUCGAUCCAUGCACAUAGCGAUGCAUUUCUGCAAUAAACAGAAAAAUAUAUCAGUGAGCAUUACCCUGUUCCACAGCAUAAUAUUAGCAUUUUCAAAUUUGCACCUUAUCUGAGGUCUCAAAUUAAAAAUCACUGACUCAAGGUAGGGGUCACAAUUCCUCAUAUACAGUUGAAGUCGGAAGUUCACAUACACCUUGGCCAAAUACAUUUAAAAUCUGUUUUUCACAAUUCCUGACACUUAAUCCUAGUAAAAAUUCCUGUCUUAGGUCAGUUAGGAACACCACUUUAUUUUAAGAAUGUGAAAUGUCAGAAUAAUAGUAGAGAGUGAUUUAUUUCAGCUUUUAUUUAUUUCAAUCACAUUCCCAGUGGGUCAGAAGUUUAUAUACACUCAAUUAGUAUUUCGUAGCAUUGCCUUUAAAUUGUUUAACUACGGUCAAACAUUUUGGGUAGCCUUCCACAAGCUUCCCACAAUAAGUUGGGUGAAUUUUGGCCCAUUCCUCCUGACAGAGCUGGUGUAACUGAGUCAGGUUUGUGGCCUCCUUGCUCACACAGGCUUUUUUCAGUUCUGCCCACACAUUUUCUAUAGGAUUGAGGUCAGGGCUUUGUGAUAGCCAUUCCAAUACCUUGACUUUGUUGUCCUUAAGCCAUUUUGGCACAACUUUGGAAGUAAGCUUGGGGUCAUUGUCCUUUUGGAAGACCCAUUUGCGACCAAGCUUUAACUUCCUGACUGAUGUCUUGAGAUGUUGCUUCAAUAUAUCCACAUAAUUGUUCUUCCUCAUGAUGCCAUCUAUUUUGUGAAGUGCAUGAUGCUGCCACCCCCGGCCUUCACGGUUGGGAUGGUGUUCUUCGGCUUGCAAGUUACCCCCUUUUUCCUCUAAACUUAACGAUGGUCAUUAUGGGCAAACAGUUCUAUUUUUGUUUCAUCAGACCAGAGGAGAUUUCUCCAAAAAGUAAGAUAUUUGUCCCCAUGUGCAGUUGCAAACCGUAGUUUGUCUUUUUUAUGGCGGUUUUGGAGCAGUGGCUUCUUCCUUGCUGAGCGGCCUUUCAGGUUAUGUCGAUAUAGGACUCGCUCUACUGUGGAUAUAGAUACUUUUGUACCCGUUUCCUCCAGCAUCUUCACAAGGUCCUUUGCUGUUGUUCUGGGAUUGAUUUGCACUUUUCACACCAAAGUACAUUCAUCUCUAGGAGACAGAACGCGUCUCCUUCCUGAGCGGUAUGACGGCUGCGUGGUCCCAUGGUGUUUAUACUUGCGUACUAUUGUUUGUACAGAUGAACGUGGUACCGUCAGGCGUUUGGAAAUUGCUGGCUGAUUUCUUUUGAUUUUCCCAUGAUGUCAAGCAAAGAGGCACUGAGUUUCAAGGUAGGCCUUGAAAUACAUCCACAGGUACACCUACAAUAGACUCAAAUGAUGUCAAUUAGCCUAUCAGAAGCUUCUAAAGCCAUUACAUAAUUUUCUGGAAUUUCCCAAGCUGUUUAAAGGCACAGUCAACUUAAUGUAUGUAAACUUCUGACCCACUGGAAUUGUGAUACAGUGAAUUAUAAGUGAAAUAAUCUGUCUGUAAACAAUUGUUGGAAAAAUUACUUGUGUCAUGCACAAAGUAGAUGUCCUAACCGACUUGCCAAAACUAUAGUUUGUUAACAAGAAAUUUGUGGAGUGGUUGAAAAAUGAGUUUUAAUGACUCCAACCUAAGUGCAUGUAAACUUCUGACUUCAACUGUACAUAUACCAUCCCAUCAAUAAUCUGGAUAACCCAGUGCCACUGACGAGGCCCACUACCAAGGACUGAGGCCUCCUUCUCCAUGGCCGACGUGAUUAAGACAUUUAAGCAUGUUAACCCCCGCAAGGCUGCCGGCCCAGACGGCAUUCCCUAGCCGCGUCCUCAGAGCAUGCGCAGACCAGCUGGCUGGUGUGUUUAUGGACAUAUUCAAAUCUCUCCGUUUCCCAGUCUGCUGUUCCCACAUGCUUCAAGAUGGCCACCAUUGUUCCGGUACCCAAGAAACCAAAGGUAACUGAACUAAACAACUAUCGCCCAGUAGCACUCACCUCUGUCAUCAUGAAGUGCUUUGAGAGACUAGUCAAGGAUCAUAUCACCUCUACCUUCCCUGUCACCCUAGACCCACUUCAAUUUGCUUACCGCCCCAAUAGAGCCACAGACGAUGCAAUCGCCAUCACACUGCCCUAUCCCAUCUGGACAAGAGGAAUACCUAUGUAAGAAUGCUGUUCAUUGACUAUAGCUCAGCAUUCAACACCAUAGUACCCUCCAAGCUCAUCAUUAAGCUUGAGGCCCUGGGUCUGAACCCUGCCCUGUGCAACUGGGUCUUGGACUUCCUGACGGGCCGCCCCCAGGUGGUGAAGUUAGGAAACAACAUCUCCACUUCGCUGAUCCUCAACACUGGGGCCCCACAAGGGUGCGUGCUCAGCCCACUCCUGUACUCCCUGUUCACCCAUGACUGCGUAGCCAAGCACACCUCCAACUCAAUCAUCAAGUUCGCAGACGACACAACAGUAGUAGGCUUGAUUACCAACAAUGACGAGACCGCCUACAGGGAGGAGGUGAGGGCUCUGGGAGUGUGGUGCCAGGAAAAUAACCUCUCACUCAACAUCAACAAAACAAAGGAGAUGAUCGUGGACUUCAGGAAACAGCAGAGGGUGCACCCCCCUAUCCACAUUGAUGGGACCGCAGUGGAGAAGGUGGAAAGCUUCAAGUUCCUUGGGGUACACAUCACCGACAAACUGAAAUGGUCCACCCACGCAGACAGUGUGGUGAAGAAGGCGCAACAGAGCCUCUUCAACCUCAGGAGGCUGAAUAAAUUUGGCUUAGCACCUAAAACCCUCACAAACUUUUACAGAUGCACAAUUGAGAGCAUCAUGUCAGGCUGUAUAACCGCCUGGUACGGCAACUGCACCGCCCGCAACUGCAGGGCUCUCCAGAGGGUGGUGCAGUCUGCCGAACGCAUUACCGGGGGCAAACUACCCACCCUCCAAGACACAUACAGCACCCGAUGUCACAGGAAGGCCAAAAAGAUCAUCAAGGACAUCAACCACCUGAGCCACUGCCUGUUCACCCCGCUAUCAUCCAGAAGGCGAGGUCAGUACAGGUGCAUCAAAGCUGGGACAGAGAGAAUGAAAAACAGCUUCUAUCUCAAGGCCAUCAGACUGUUAAAUAGCCAUCACUAGCACAUUAGAGGCUGCUGCUGCCUAUUGAAAUCACUGGCCACUUUAAGAAAUGGAACACUAUUCACUUUAAUCAUGUUUACAUAUCUUGCACUACUCAUCUCAUAUGUAUAUACUGCAUUCUAUUCUAUAAUAUUCUACUGUAUCUUAGUCCAUGCCACUCUGUCAUUGCUUGUCCCUAUAUGUAUAUAUAUUUAAAUCCCAUUUCUUACUAGUUUUGUGUGUAUUGGGUAUAUGUUGUGAAAUUGUUAGAUAUUAAUGCACUGUCGGAGCUAGAAGCAAAAGCAUUUCGCUACACCCGCUAUAACAUCUGCUAAACACGUGUAUGUGACAAAUAAUUUUAUUUUAUUUUUAUUUUUAUAUUUCACCUUUAUUUAACCAGGUAAGCCAGUUGAGAACAGGUUCUCAUUUACAACUGCGACCUGGCCAAGAUAAAGCAUAGUAGUGCAAUAAAACAACAACACAGAGUUACAUAUGGGGUAAAAAACAUAAAGUCAGAAAUACAACAGAAAAUAUAUAUACAGUGUGUGCAAAUGUAGCAAGUUAUGGAGGUAAGGCAAUAAAUAGGCUAUAGUGCAGAAUAAUUACAAUAGUAUUAACACUGGAAUGCUAGAUGUGCAAGAGAUUAUGUGCAAAUAGAGAUACUGGGGUGCAAAUGAGCAAAAUAAAUAACAAUAUAGGGAUGAGGUAGUUGGGUGGGCUGCAAAUAAAAUACACUGGCAUACCUGUUCAGAGUUGUCCAACGUGCCUCCUGGUUUGCCUAUGCAUUUCUUGAAACAUUUGUCUGUCAUUCUCUACAACAAAAGAAAAAAGAAAAAGGUUUAACCCACCUUCAUUCAGCGAGCUAGAUAAAGUAAUGAUCACCUCAAGGUUCAGGCUCCAUGACCUCUGACAGGCAGUUUGGCUAAUAACUGCAUUGAUAAUAAUAGGCCUGGCCUACCAACCAAUCUUGGAGUUUUAAGUUAACCAUGAUAGAAAAAUACAGUAGAAGAUAGCAAGUUGAAGGCCAGCAAUUACACGCAUUAGCUGGAUAUGCCCAGUUUGGAUAUGCAUAUGGCCUAUUGAGCUAACUAGCUAGGUAGCUAACUAACUAGUUGUUGCUUUUGCAUUAGCUAGCUAGCUAUUUCAACUUGCUAGACUCGCCAAUUAGCUAACCAGUCAGCUGUAUACCUGGAUACAAACAAUGUCAAUAUCUCUACUACCUAGCUAGCUUGCUAGCUAGCUCAAAACAAUUUAACGUUACCUGCAAGAGUUCUUGCGCAUUAGCCACCGCAAUCUGGACCUUUACUUGCUCCAUGAUUGUCCCGGUGUCCAUUUUACCGGAUCCAGCACCUGAUGAAAAAUCGGAACCAAAUCCGUCCAUAUCUAAUUGUGAUAAUUUUAUCUUUAAGAAAUUAAACUGUAGCUAGUAAUUACACGUGUAGCUCAUGUAACCAGUUCGAAAAAUUGCCCUUGAAACAAUAUUGUUCGACGACGUGACUUCCUGUAAUUGUCUUAUUCUUCUUCUUCAGUGGGGUUUAUCGGCAGUUGGCAUCCAACGUUAUGGUGCAUUACCGUCACCUACUGUAUUGGAGUGUGGGCCAGAGACGGGGAGAAACUAAAUCCUACCUGCCAGCCCCGUUGCUCUUAAAAAAUAUAACAAUAUAUUUUAGACUAUUUCUAAAGACGUUCUCCUCAAUAUACUCCUUAAACUAAUUUCCUGUAUCCCCUUCUCCCUCAUACUAGAUCUCAUCCUCUCUCUUUCCCGCUGAUACUGCCCACACUGUAGCAAUACCUGCUCCAAUGUCUCUGUUUCCUGACAAUAAUCACACUUUCCUGAUCAUUUUAUCUUGAUUCACUUAUUGAAAUAAAAACACAACAAAUAAAAUAUGUCCGAAUUGUGUUUUGGCCCAUCUGAAAGUUUUUGAGACACAUGGGUGUGUUAUAUUCCAACACAUAUAUUUGACUGACACAAUGUUUGUUCAUUAUGCAUUAUGCAACUAUUUCACAAUUUCUUCCAGCAUACUGCCACACUGGUGUACAUCAUGUAUAUGGAAUAUAUAGGGAUAUUUCAGAGGGAAGCAAAAGAAUACAGUUUGCUGGGGAUUAUGGAAAUUGGGACUUCCAAUGAUAAAAGUAGAAUGAAAACACGUUGUACUCCAAAUUGUCCCAUUAUUCCAACUGUUACACCAAGAAGAUUGAAUAACUGAUAAAACUAGCAGUCAUUCAAUCUUCUAGGUGUAACAAUUGGGAUAAUGGGACAAUUCGGAGUACCACACAUUUCUCAUCCCUGGAUUGAGGUAAAGUUUCCGAACCAUAUCUUGCGCCGGCUCCGUGGUGUCAAGCCUGUCUGACCCCAGUGCAGCUGUAAGCAGACCCCAGCGCAGCUGUAAGCAAGCGUUGGGUUUAAAUCUAUUCUGGCUAGGGCCAGUUAGGUCAUUAUUUACUGUAUUUUUUUUAUUGUUCAAGUGUAGCCUGUUCACUGGCUAGCAGAUUGUAACCGGCAUUUUGAGUAAAGCACCAACCAGGUGAACAGGAAGCAGCAAUACUGUCUUCGUUCUCGAUUUGGGGAAACUUUAUCUUAUAAAUGUCAGUGUCCAGUUGCAGGUGGUUCUACACAAACCAGAGAAAACUCAGAAAGAUAUUAAAUCCAUGUUUUGUACCUCGCGAGGAGGUUCCUCUGCAUUUUAGCUGCCACACAUCUAGAAUUUCCCAGCAUCUUUGCAGGACUAGUCGUUUCUAUGAGACGCGGCUGCUGCCACGUGUAGAAGGAGAUGACAGAGUCACACAGUGUGACCAAAACAAAGAUCUACACAGAUGCAAGAGGCAUUUCUCACGCAGUACAAAAUAUGGAUUAAAUAUCUUUCAGAGUUUUCUCUGGUUUGUGUAGAACCACCUGCAACUCGACACAGACAUUUACAAGAUGCAAGUAUCGCUGCUUCCUGUUCACCUGGUUGGUGCUUUACUCAUAAUGCCAAAUUACACUUAGGAAUGUUGAUAACAUCUUAGGAAUGUUGAAAUCAAUUUAUGAAUGUUGAUAUCCAUUGUUCUGCAGGAGCUCCACAGAGUUGACUGAUGUGUUUGAAGAAGAGGACUGUAUUGAGGACGAAGUGUGGAGUCCCCCUGUUGUAGACCUGAAACAGAAAAUUGCCACUCAACUAGAAAACUAUCUUACCAAUGAAAGCCUUUCUGAAGAUGUCUUUUUUCUAAAACAUGUUCAGAGCAUCAAGAUGGGCUAUGUCAGCGUGAAGUUACUAACCUCGUUUAAAAAUGUAGGAUUUAUAGAUGGCUUAUGUUGUUGAAAACUAUCCUGCUCACAGCACUAUGGCCUGCAUUGACAUUUCUCUUGUUAACAAGUAUAACCUUUGUAAAUAUGACUUAACCUAAACAUUCAGAGUUGUAGAUUAGGGAGCACACAACGCGAUUGGCGAACCACGCUGGCUGCGGCACGCACCACACGGCAGCUGGAAGUCAACGAGGAGGGAACCAAGGUACGACUGAGGGACGCAGUGCCUGACUGGCUGCGGUGUUCCCACCAGCAAGCUGCUGCUGGCCUGGAACCUCCUGGAAGGAGAGGCCAAUAAUGACGAGGAGGAGAGCAUAGCCCUGGGAGUGGAGCAGCCGAGCCUGAUGGAGACAGCCAUGAGACUGUUUGGUUGCCACGGCACCAUCACCUCCCUCCGCAUUCGCCGCCCAGGGAAGGAGAUCCUGCCGAGCUCAAGAGGUACGCCAAGAAGUACACGGAGCUGAGGCAUAUGGUGUGUGCAGUGGUGGAGUAUGAGUAGCUGGAGGAGGCACAGAGGGCCUAUGAGGCCCCGCAGGCUGAGGAGUAGCUGCGAGGAACAGGGCAGCGCGUGUGGUGCUCCUAGGCAGCAGGUGUACCAGGAAGCCAGGGGGCAGCCAGGACAGCACAGAGGAGGAGUCUGAGGAUGGCAUCGAGAGUGUGUGCUCCAGGAAGCCCAACUGCAAGAGCAGGCGCUACCCGCGUUACUCCCUGGAGGACUCUGCCCUCUACAGCUAA